UGUUUGCUUUGGAUUUGGUUCCUAAAACUGAAACAAAAGAAGUUAGGGACGUGGAAGUGGCAUUCAGGUGAGGCGAGGGUAGGGUGCCAGCGAGGAAAAACCACCGGAGUUGACCGUGCUCUUCAUUGUGAUGGCUAUGGCUUUCAUAUCACGUGCAUGCUGUCGCUCCGCCUUCAGAAUCAUACUCUUGCUGCUCCUCUUCGCCUUCAUUUGCAUUGCCUGUGUUUGUCUCCCCGUUGAAAAGAUUUUGCAGGAGUUUUUGUUAUGGAUUAAGCAAGAUCUUGGGCCAUGGGGUCCGGUUGUUAUGACUGCUGCAUACACUCCUCUGGCAAUUUUUGCGAUUCCUACUUCAAUACUUUCACUUGGAGGUGGUUAUCUUUAUGGACUGCCUCUGGGAUUUGCCAUUGAUUCUGUUGGUGCAACCGUGGGUGCAACUGCUGCAUUCCUUAUUGGUAGAACAUUUGGAAGAUCAUAUGUCAUCUCCAAGCUAAUGAAUUAUCCUAAGUUUCAGGCAGUCACUAUGGCAAUCCAGAAAUCUGGUUUUAAGAUAGUUUUUCUGCUUCGGCUUGCUCCUUUACUUCCAUUUACCGUUUUAAAUUAUUUCCUCUCUGUGGCUCCCGUUCAUAUAGGCGAAUACAUGCUGGCUUCUUGGUUGGGAAUAAUGCCGAGUACAUUUGCUUUUGUGUAUGUUGGAACAACUUUGACGGAUCUCUCUGAUGUCAUGCAUGGAUGGAAUGAAAUUUCAACAACUCGAAGGGUACUUAUGGCAUUGGGCUUUGUGAUGUCUGCUACAACUUAAACUGGUGAAUAAUUGACAUUAUUCUUUCUGCAUUGUGGUUGGACAUAGUGAUUCUGAUAAUGUGUAUUACUAAAGUUGCGAAGGCUUCUUUGGACAAAGCACUGGUUGAGAAUUCAGAAAAGCGUGUAUUCAUCACAACAAUGCUGCCCAUUGUGGUAGAUUCUUCGUUGGAGGUUCAGAAGCCUCUCAUUCAGAUAGGCCUAAGGGAAGAAGAGGAAGAGAAUGAGAAACAAAGGCUUAUUUAAUUUUCAAUCUUUCCUCACUUUUUUUUUUUUCCUUAAUUAGUAGGCCGUCGCAAUAGAAGUGAGCUCUUAGGAAUACCAACUACCUAGGGGAAAACUUAACCUUUUUUCGUAAAUAUCUAGCCAUUUUGGAUUGUGUAGCCUCUUUGCUUUCAGCUUUUACUAUUUAUUGAUUCAUUCAUUUCUUUA